AUAAAAAACAUUGUGAAAAUUUAUUCAUAAUGAUGUUCUUAUGCUAUAUAACUGCAUAUCAUAAUUGUUUUUUUUUUAAUAUUCUUGUUAUUUGACUCAUUUCAUAUAUAGUAGAUGCAGAUGUUAUUAACAAAUUGUAUAUGUCACAAUUAGAAAGAUACGAGAGUUAAGGGGGCAAAAUCAUAAAACUAAAUUCUUUUUUUUGUACCUGAAAUUUAUUAAUUUUUAGUAGUAAAUAAAUCACACCUACUAACUGGAGAUUAGUGAACAACAUUAGCAACGCACCAAAAAUAUUAUGGAGAUAAGGUAAGGAUCAGCCACAUUCUCCACUUUGUAAUUAGAACCAACCAUAUUCUACUACGUGGUGGAUUCUGCACCGCUAAGAUCUCAAAUCUCUAUUGCCACGUGUAACUAAACUUAUCGUUAGAACGAACGAACGAACAAUAACAUCUUACGUGUCAUCACGAUCCGAUCAUUAUCCUCUCGAUCCAACGGACCCAAACAAACUCUCUCUCUCGCCGCGACCUCCGGUUUACGAUGGCGGAUUCCGAUAACGAUUCAGGCGGUCACAAGGACGGAGGCGGCGCGUCGUCGCGCGAGCAGGACAGGUUUCUCCCGAUCGCGAACGUGAGCCGGAUCAUGAAGAAGGCGCUCCCGGCGAACGCGAAGAUCUCCAAGGACGCGAAGGAGACGGUGCAGGAGUGCGUGUCGGAGUUCAUAAGCUUCGUCACGGGGGAGGCGUCGGACAAGUGCCAGAGAGAGAAGAGGAAGACGAUCAACGGCGACGAUCUUCUCUGGGCGAUGACGACGCUGGGGUUCGAGGAUUACGUGGAGCCGUUGAAGGUUUACCUUCAGAAGUACAGAGAGGUGGAAGGCGAGAGGAUGGCCCCAGGAGGGAGACAGGGCGAUAAAGAGGGCGGCGGCGGAAGUGGAGGAGGGAUGUACGGUGGGGUUGUUACGAUGGGGCAUCAUCAUCAAGGACACGUGUACGGUGGGAGUGGGAUGAAUUAGAAUAUCAGCCGACCUCUGACUCUGUUAACUAGAGAUGGCUCUAUGUAUAUGCAAAUCUAAAUGUCUUUGGUUGAUUCUUCUCUGUUUUUGAUCAGAGCCAUUCAUGUUGUAACAAGUGUUUGUUUAUUAUUUAGAUGAUUCAUGUACAAAUUAUUAAAGAGAUAAGGAUGAUGAAGAAAGCUGAUCCCUUUACUCAUUA